AUGACAACACUUAGCUGGGUAAUAAGUGAAUCUUUGAGAGACCAGCUUCUAGUCACCAUUCAGAAAACCUUUAACUACAGCAGGAACCAGGCCCAUCAGCUGUUUGUCAUUCUCAUGGAAUGUAUGAAGAAAAAGGAACUUAUCACUGUGUUCCGUAUGGGCUCUGAGGGACAGCAGGACAUUGAGAUGUCUAUCUUAACUGCUCUGCUAAAAGGCACCAAUGCAUCUGCACCAGAUCAGCUGAGCUUGGCAUUGGCCUGGAAUCGCGUAGACAUUGCACGUAGCCAAAUCUUUGUCUUUGGACAUCACUGGCCGCCUUUAGGAAGCCUGGCAGCUACAGAUGGCACAGCACUAGAGAAGGAGAAGAAAUCCCCAGGAGCUCAAACUAAAGCACCCAGAGGGAAAGGAAAAGGGAAGAAAAAGGGAGGAAAAGCAAAAGAGGAGCCAGAAGAAGAAAUGGAUCCACGGAAGAUUGAACUACUGAAUUGGGUCAAUUCUCUGGAGCAGGCUAUGCUGGAUGCACUAGUAUUGGAUCGAGUUGAUUUUGUGAAACUCCUGAUUGAAAAUGGAGUGAACAUGCAAUGCUUUCUUACUAUUCCUCGACUAGAAGAGCUUUAUAAUACUAGGCUUGGUCCACCAAACACACUGCAUUUGCUAGUCAGAGAAGUGAAAAAGGGAAAUCUUCCACCAGAUUAUCAUAUCAGUCUGAUAGAUAUCGGUCUUGUACUUGAAUACCUCAUGGGUGGAGCUUACCGCUGCCACUACACUCGAAAAAGUUUCCGGACCCUUUACAAUAAUUUAUUUGGACCAAAGAGGCCAAAAGCUCUUAAACUUUUAGGAAUGGAGGAUGAUGAACCUCCAUCCAAAGGGAAGAAGAAAAAGAAGAAAAAGGAGGAAGAGAUAGAUAUUGAUGUGGAUGACCCAGAAGUCAGCCGCUUUCAGUACCCUUUCCAUGAGCUAAUGAUAUGGGCAGUGCUGAUGAAACGGCAAAAGAUGGCACUCUUCCUUUGGCAGCGAGGAGAGGAAACCAUGGCCAAGGCAUUGGUUGCAUGCAAACUGUACAAAUCCAUGGCCCAUGAGUCUUCAGAGAGUGAGCUGGUGGAUGAUAUCUCUCAAGAUCUGGACAAUAACUCCAAAGACUUUGGCCAACUGGCAGUUGAGUUGUUAGAUCAGUCCUACAAACAUGAUGAACAAAUUGCCAUGAAAUUACUGACCUAUGAACUGAAAAACUGGAGUAACUCCACCUGUCUAAAACUUGCUGUAGCAGCUAAGCACAGGGACUUUAUUGCUCAUACUUGCAGUCAGAUGCUGUUAACAGAUAUGUGGAUGGGGCGGCUACGCAUGCGGAAAAACCCAGGCCUUAAGGUGAUAAUGGGAAUUCUCUUCCCACCCACCAUCCUGUUUCUAGAGUUUCGCAGCUAUGAUGACUUUUCUUAUCAGACAUCAAGAGAAAAUGAAGACAACAAAGAAAAGGAGGAGGAGAAUGUGGUGAGUAUUGUACCUUAUUGGAAUUUCGAAAUGUUAUUAAUAUUAUGCUAUUAACCACUCAAAUGGAAAUCUGCGUAUUUUUGUAACACUUGCCAAUGUAGGAUCCAAAUCACUGUGUAUCAGUUUUAAGGGUAUGUGGGACAAAUUAUCUGCCUGUGCAAGUCAGUAUAUCUAUACAGAGGUCAGUGGAGCAAUACACCAGUUCAGAACUUAGCUUAGUAUUUUUUGAAAAUGCGGUGGAACUAGAUAGAAAAUAAAAUCAUGUUAUUCAGAAGGAAGGAUCUUGUAUCUGCCAAUGAAUUGGGAAUUGUAGCUGUAAGCUACUCCUAUAGGUGAUGACAAGAUGCCAGCUUCUGUUUUCUAGGAUGCAAAUGCUGACACAGGCUCCCGAAAGGGAGAUGAAGAGAAUGGAAGCAAAAAGCAAAAAAGCCUUCCAAUUGGAAAAAAGAUCUAUGAAUUCUAUAAUGCACCUAUUGUUAAGUUCUGGUUUUACACGGUGAGUAUGCAUCUUGGCUCUUGUUACAUUCAAAUAUAAAACCAGGAAAAAUACUGCUGACUUUCAAGAAAUUUCCAACCACAGUUUGUGCAUGAGUGAUCUAAUUAGUAGAGAAAUAAGUACAUGCAGAUAUAGAAAGAUACAGUGCACACACUACUGCAUUGUAUGAAAAGUUCCUGAAGAAUAUCACCUUAAAGAAAGUGCAGCAUUAAAUAGCAGGUGACACUCCUUAUGUGUUUUGUCAGAAGGUGAAACCAAUACAAAUUCCACAGAACUCCACACACUAGUCUUUCUUGAUCCCAGCCCAUUGGUAAAUGCUUUUGUUCAUUUCUCAAGGGCUCUGGGCUCUGUUUCUUCCCUUGCUUUCAGUGAUUAUAUAUUGAUAUACAUCCAGCGACUUCAGAAGAACUGCAGUGAGAUCCACAUUCGAGUCCUGUGCAUCUCAAAAGGCAAAUCUGGCAAGAAUCAGUUUGACCUAAGACAAAGUGGCUUACAAUUUGUAGUAGAGUAUGUAUCCUAAUUCUGUUUCAUAACAUGAUUAAAGCUGAGGUCACAUUAAUAUAUGUGCUUUCUGUUUCCUUGUAUAGUAUUUAUACUC